AUGCGGCAGGCGACUCUCGCGCUUCGCAGCGCCACGGUCGUCCGCCUUGCUACCUCGAAUCCGGGAGACACGCACGCGCUGACAGCCUGGCUCGCAUCCAACGAGCGCGCCCGCCCGCGCUGCGUCCUCGGCAAGACCGAAGGCAACGGAUGCGUGAAUGACUUCACACGCGGCUAUGCUUCGCUCGUGGUCGAGCAGGCCCUCCGAUCGGCAGGCCGACUCGAAGACACGUCAAUCAUCAUGUCGGGCGGCACGGAGGGCGUGCUGACGCCUCACAUUCUCGUGUUUGCCGAUGUGGCGCAGGACACGCCUAGCGUGGCCGGCCCACCAACGGCGCUCAGCCUUGGCGUGGCGCGCACGCGAGACUUGGGCGCACACGAGAUCGGCCGGCGCGCUCAGGUUGAGGCGACGCAUGAAGCCGUGCUCUCCGCGUGCAGGGACGCGCACCUGUCGCCGGCGGACGUGUGCUUUGCGCAGAUCAAGUGCCCGCUGCUCACUCCGAAGCGUGUCGCCGCCGCCGCGCUGCCGUGCGCGACGCACGAUGGCUACACGUCGAUGGGCCUGAGCAGGGGCGCAUCGGCUCUUGGCGUGGCGCUAGCAACGGGCGAGCUGUCGCGCGGCGACCUCGACGCCGCCGUCGAGCGGCUCUGCGAGCCGGAAGGCCUGAGCGGCUUCAGCAGCAGCGUCGCCAGCGCAAGCGCCGGGAUCGAGCUUCGGCACUCGGAGGUCUUUGUGCUCGGCAACGCGGCCGGCAGCGCCUCCCCUCUCCGCGCCGCUCACUGCGUGAUGCGGGACGCGCUCGACAGCCCGGCGGUCUGCCGCAUGCUCGCCGAGGCGGGACUGUCUCUCGACAACGGGCAGCUGACUCCCGCCUCGCAGGCGCGCGUGCGCGCCGUCCUCGCCAAGGCGGACCCCGCCGCCGCGGUGCGAGGCGAGCGGACGACGAUGUGCUCCGACUCGGACCUGCACGCGACGAGGCACGCCCGGGCGGCGGUCGGCGGCCUGCUCGCGGGGCUCACCGGCUGUACCAACCUGUACGUGUCGGGUGGCGCGGAGCAUCAGGGACCCGCGGGGGGCGGGCCGGUGUGUGUCGUCUACGAGGCGGGAGAGGGGGAGGGGUGA